CUCUCUCUCCCUCUCUCUCUCUCUCUCUCUCUCUCUCUCUCUGUUUCUCUCUCUUCCUUCUCUCUCUCUCUCUCUCUCUCUCUCUCUCUCUCUGCGAGUGCGCUUUCGAUCCUUCUCUCUCCCCUCGAAACGGAAAUGCGAGCCCUAACUUCCCAGAGGAACCGUCGAAUCACAUGAAUUCUCCUGCCCCGCAAUCCAUACUUUUGUCGGUGAAUUGUUGAGUUGAUUGCGCGGCAUUGUCUUCUCUCUGCACAGCACAGGCCGGCGGUUCCGAUCACAAUCUGGGAAGGAAGGGGCUAGGAGGAGCUCAAUCGGCACGCAUCGGUAUGUCAUCGCUACAAUUUCCUGGGAUACUGAUCUUUAAAGGCUUGCUCGAGUCCAAUAGCAUAGCUUCUCAUAGAUUUGCAUAAUUUCAAGAAGCUUAGAGUGGGUAAGAAGUUGCAGCCCAGCAUUUCUCAGGGAUCAGUAUUCCGUCAAAUUUGUGUAUGGUGCAUUCAGUAAUUACAGAGGUUACAUUACUCAUAAUUGUGCCCUGGCUUCCGAGUUUCCAUCUCUAGCCCACCUAAAUCCGCCUGCUCUGAUAUUGCCGAUACCUUGGUGGUACUGGUGGGAGGAUGGCUAUACGUUCCGAAGAGGAGCAAACUGAGGAUUACCUCUUCAAGAUAGUUUUGAUUGGGGAUUCAGCUGUUGGGAAAUCGAAUUUGCUCGCCAGAUUCGCGCGAAAUGAAUUCUAUCCAAAUUCCAAAUCUACUAUCGGGGUAGAAUUUCAAACUCAAAAGAUGGAUAUUAAUGGGAAGGAAAUAAAGGCACAGAUUUGGGACACGGCUGGUCAGGAAAGAUUCAGGGCUGUCACAUCUGCAUAUUACCGAGGAGCAGUUGGAGCGCUUUUGGUGUAUGAUAUUAGUAGACGCCAAACUUUUGAGAGUGUUGGUAGAUGGCUUAACGAACUUCAUACUCAUUCUGACAUGAAUGUGGUAACGAUUCUUGUCGGGAACAAGUCAGAUCUUAAGGAUGCGAGGGAGGUGACCACUGCUGAAGGAAAAUCGCUGGCUGAGGCCCAGGGUCUCUUCUUCAUGGAAACCUCAGCUCUCGAUUCCUCAAAUGUCUCUGCUGCCUUCCGAACAGUGGUUGAAGAGAUCUACCACAUACUGAGCCGGAAAGUUAUGGCUUCUCAUGAACUGAAGAAGCAGGAUCCUGCAUCACUGAGUAACGGAAGGACCGUUGUCAUACAGGGAGAAGGAAGCAAUGAAGCGGAUCAGGCACAGAAGAAAGGUGGGUGUUGCUCAUCCUAGUCUCCUCAAAAUGCAAAGAAACUUCAACGAUUAUGAGUUCCUUCUGCUUGCUCUCCUAUGGCGCUUCAUCUGCUUGCCAGCCGCUCAAGCUUUCAUUCAUUUCUUCUUCGUCUUCUCCGAGUGCCCUGUAUCUCAGUCGUGUUGAAUUAUAACGACUAAAAGCGACACUUUGUUUUAUGAGAUGUUGAUGGGUCAAAGAGGUGGGGAGAGGGGGAUACUGAAGAAGGUGGAAGGAUUGUGUAUCUUGUGUGGGAGGAUUGAACAAAGUUUGGUAUAUGACAAAAAGUAUUGGCAAUUUCUGGUGAUCUGCUCUGUUUUUUGUUUUAAGGAUCCUUUGCUUGUACAGAA